AUGUCGGCCCCUCCAACUAAUCGGGUUCCUAAUCCUGCCUCGACUUCUUCGACCCGUUUUUCCCAUCUGCCGCACCAGUUCUCAUCGCAAACUGGAACAACCUUCGUACACGACGCAAUCGGUUAUUAUCCAUCGUUCGGCGCGAUUCCUUCGUCAGUCCCUAAAUCAACGACGUCAUCGUUUGCCUCCGCACUUGUCCUUGCUCCCGAGCAGGACUCUCCAUCUGCCCGGAAUCACCACACAAGACCUUCGCCUCGUGAUCACGACGUACGGGUGAUGCGCAAUUCUCCUGCAGGUUCAAAUACCACUCCCACCUCUGAGGGAAGCAUGUCCGCCACUCUCCCUGGCCGGCAGGGCGUCGGAACUGACUCAUAUGUUUUGUCCUGCGCUCAAGAUCAGACGUAUCAGGGUGGAGAAGUACACAGGCACGCUCCAAUAUCAUCGCAAUUUUCUGACGAACUCUCGUAUUCCCAGAUGCAUCCGUCAUCAUCUUCGAUGUCGUUCCUUCAAUCGAAUCACCAACGACCUGAUGAGCUCCUCUGGGCGCAUGACGAGCCAUUCUCAAUGUUCCAAAAUGCACACCUUCCUCCGUCGAAUACCGCUGGUGUCACAGAUCCGUCUCACUUUCCUACCUAUGGAGCGGACUACUCCUUCAAUCCCAUUGGGAUCAAUGGAACUGGGAUCAACGUCUGCCAUGCAGAGGAAGAGAUGGUCGGUUGGUCACUUGAACGAACGGGUGAAACGUUUCCGGCGCCCGCGGGAAUAGAUUUCGACUUCAUGCCAGAUGCUAGUGCAUGGUCUCAUUUGCCGAGCGCGUCGAUCUCGGCUCCCGAUCGACGGUCUGGAGUUGGAUUUGCUUCCGGUUCUAGCUGUGGUUGCAAUUCAAUCUCUGCACAGUCCUUCGCGCGAUCUGAUUCCGACCCGCUGAGCGGGAAGUAUUGUGGGGAAGGACAGGAGGCAUCCCAGCAACACGAACGUCUCGAACAAUAUGAUGCUACGAACGGCCCAUCUGGUGUACAAGCGUCCAUUCCACAUCACCCUUCUCCAGUAGUGGGUCAAUUGGAUGGUGAACAGAUAAGUAGUUCCUUCAUCCACUUGCAAACAAUGCAGUCGGCUUCUCCCUCAAUGAGUGUCCCGUCUCAAUACGUUCGAGCCAAUGGAAAUCUACUCCAGUCUGCCCAAGCACAAGAGGAAACCGUUCAAGGACAAGUACAUCGUGGCCACAGUGCAUUGAUGCCACCGCCGCCCAUUCCCGCCCGUGCUCACACAUUAGAUUCGGAACAACCGAAGUCAAGAAACCGCGGUCCUCAUUCUUCCCUUGAGCGACGUCAUACCGUCGCGGUACCUCCGACCACGAACGUAUUGCCUGUGGAUGCAGGCGCUUCCUCCGCAGAAACCCCGUCAGUCGUUAGCACGCGCUCUUCUUCGGCCGCACCAGACUCCUCAAGGUUUCGCGGUGAAUCAUCCUCCGAGGGAUCUGCAACGCCUCGAAAUGCGACUGGAUCUCUGAACGAUGCGAUGUGGACGCAGGCUCAGGAGUACAAUAGACACUCCUUAUCAGAAACGUUCCGUCAACAGCAUGACAUGUCUGACCCACCAGCCGAAAUCCGAGAGGGAAAUGCCCUCCACCGUAGCACGAGGUUUGACAGUGCUCUACGGGGUUCUCCUUUGAUGGAGAAGAUUAGGCAAGUGAGUCAGGGGCAGAACGGUGAGACAGGAACCACCAGAGGUACUGGAACCGGAACCGAUGCCCACAAUAGUGUGAUAGGAACCGAGCCUCCCACUGCGCCCGACGACUUGAGCGACAAGGAGUUCUUCAACGGGCCGAUUGGGAAGGACUGGACUCCUGCAGUGGCGAACCACGAAGUUUGUCUAGCACCUGAUUCUUCAGAAAAACCUCCUUUCGCAAAUCCGCUUGUCUCGCCCAUAUCUCCAACGAGUACGGAAGAGGUAACCACACCUUCAGUAGAAUUCGCUCGCAACGGUAAUCACCAAGUAUGUACGACAUAUGCGUCCGUGGCACCAGCAAACCCUGCAAGUCGUCCUGUGUUGCCACCAGACUCCCUGAAUCAUUAUGUCAUCCCAGUAUUGCGACACGAUGGACAUCUCGCACCUCAUGUUUCUGGACUUGGAGGCGGUUUCAUAAGUGCGUAUGAUGGCCGUUCCUAUCUGACAGAUGACUCUGAACCGGAUCCUGAACAUGUCCCUCCUGCACCCCCAGGAGCUCGGAGUGGCGACAACCCAGUCCUUAUGAGAUUUUUACCACAUCCCAUGCAGAAACGCGGUGAGAUCUAUCAUCAGAUGCUCAACCCAGCCCCUCAGCCACAGAGCGGAAAGGGUCCGCCGAACCAGGACGAUGCUACGGAACGCACCCGUGCUGAGGACGGAGUAAAUCAGACCCCAGAAACGAAUGACGAUGCGAGAAAAGACUUUGAAGAGAAGGGUAUCAAGAGUGAAGAGCAGGGUGAGGGUUGGGGUUCCACUGAGGGUGGAUCACACGGGCAGCGAUUUGCGCUGCCCGGGCUUGUACAUCGCGACGGUGAUAGAACCGGAGCAAGUAAUAGGUCCGGCCCACGCUUGAAGCUUUCGACAGAGAAGAAAACCCCUCCAAAGAUGGCGUGUCAUUUCUGUCGCAAUAGGAAGAUUGCGUGCGGUCCUAGUAAGUGUGGAGACCUUUCAAUCUGCAACCAAUGUGAACGGCGAAAUUUGCGGUGUAUUUUCCCAACUGUGUCCCGCAGGGGAAUGCGGUCGAAAAUGCCACGAUCCGCACAUACUGUCGACGGGACGAGUGAAGUGGAUAAAGACUCUGUUGAAGAGGACGAGUAUCCUGACGAGUCCGAGGACAACUCUGCAUCUCCUGGCAGAAGAGAGUCCAGAACGCCGGGUUUUGGUUCUUCUGAGAAACAGCGGAACAUGAAGAAGUCCCGUGAGAAGGCUGUUAAAAGUCGAAUUUCAAAGGGAAGGGGAAAAGGGAAAGGGAAGAUAUCCGAAGUACAGCGGGAAGAUCAGUCUGGAAAAGACCACGGUGAGGUUGACAUGGAUGGGGACCGGCAGGAACCACAGGAGGCUGACAUAGAGAUGCGAGUUGACCAUGGGUCGGGAUAUGCAGAUGACCCGCUGGCGUCACUCGGUGCUGCACAGAUGCAAUGGCAACAUCAACAAUCCCAUGCUGUGCCAGUUCCUUCAUCGAUUCGACCCAAUGCGCCCGCCUCUGUGACCUAUCCUACUGUACAUUCUUCCCUGUCUUCGUCAUCUUUGUCGACUCUAGGCUUCACACAGAGUACGUUCGAAGUUUCCUACCCGGUACCUGGCAAUGGAGACAACUAUUCUCUACAUGUGGGAUCUUCUCAUCCUUUCACAACAAGCCCGCUACCACGAAGAAAUCCGCAAUCCAGCAUUGCUGCCGAGGGUAGUGCUGAUCAUUUGUGA